AUGCGAGGAUUAUACUGUGGAGGAUUACUUAAAAAAAGAAGCCAUUUAAACAGAAAGGCUGACAGCAAAUACAAGGCAAGACUCUUUGGAACUAACGUUCUGAGUGACCCAAUUGGUGGGGCACCCCAGGCAAAAGGGAUUGUACUAGAGAAGAUUGGUCUUGGUGCCAAGCAGCCUAACUCUGCCGUAAGAAAGGCCGUCAGAAUUCAGCUAAUCAAGAGUGGAAAGAAAAUUACUGCAUAUGUUCCAAAAGACGGUAUGCUUAACAGUAUAGAAAUCAACGACACCGUGACUGUUGAAGGAUUCGGUAACAAAGGAAGAUCCAAGGGAGAUAUUCCGGGAAUUGCCUUCAAGGUAAGCAAGAUAGGAGAUGUCUCUUUACUUGCUAUUUACUUGGGAAAGAAAGAAAAGUCUUCAAGAUAA